AUGGACAUUCGCUGCAUUCUUCUGGUGUGCGCCCUCCUCUACCUCUCGUUACUGUGCUUCGUGUUCGCGGCGCCCGUUCUCGAGCCGAAGCCAGAAGAACACGACACGAGGGAUGAGAGCAAGGAUGAGGCGAAGAUAAAGAGCGAGAUCGACGAACUGGGUUUGGAGUACGGGCGCUAUCUGCAACAGGUGGUGGAGGCGCUCGAGGAGGACAAGGAGUUCGCGAAGAAGCUGGAGAACGUGUCGCAGGACGAGAUCAAGAACGGCGCGAUCGCGCGAGAGCUGGACUUUGUGUCGCAUUCCGUGAGGAAUAAGUUGGACGAACUGAAGCGCAUCGAAAUGGACAGACUGCGGGUGUUGGCGCGCAAAGAGCAAGCGCUGGAGGCGCGCGAAGGGGGUGAGGAUGACUCGGGGCGGCGGUGGCGCACGCUGGGGGCGGACUCGCACUCUAUUGACGCGGAGCACGUGGACCACGCGAACCCGCACUCGUUCGAGGCGCAGGACCUGCAGAAGCUCAUAGUGUCGGCGUCACGUGACCUGGAGGCGCUGGACGCGAAACGGCGGCACGACUUCAAAGAGUACGAGAUGGAGAAGGAGUUGCGCUACGAAGAGGUGUUGGAGAGCGUGAACGCCAGCGAGAGACACGCCAUCGAGGAGAGGAAGAAGGAGAUGGAGGAGAAGCGGAAGACGCAUGCGCGCGUCCACCACCCCGGCUCGAAGCAGCAGCUGGAGGAGGUGUGGGAGAGCAAAGACCACAUGCCGCGCCAGGAGUUCGACCCGAAGGUGUUCUUCUCGAUGCACGACGUCAAUGGGGAUGGGUUUCUGGACGCGCAGGAGGUGGAGGCGAUUCUGGGCGUGGAGGUGCGGAAGAUGUACGAGGGGGGCAAUGGGGACCCGAACGAGAUGCAGGAGGAAUACCACAGGAUGAGGGAACACAUCUACAAGGAGGCGGACGUGAAUCGGGACGGGUUGAUCUCGAAGAAGGAGUUCCUGGAGUUCACGAAACGCAUGGACUUCGAGCGGGACGACGAGUGGAAGGGCGUGGAGGAGACGAAGCAAUACACGGACGAGGAGUUGCGGCAAUAUAAGCUGCAGCGCGAGCAGCAGCACCGGCAGCCCCAACACCAACAGCACCAGGAGCAGUACGACGCGUACCAACAAUAUGUGCCCCAAUACUACCCCCAGGGCUAUCACUACCCGCCGCCAGAGCACUUCCAGCCGAACGCCCAGCUGCACGCGCAGCAACAAUACCAACAGCAACAGUUCCAACAACAGCAACACCACGCGCUCAACCAACAGCAGCAGCAGUACCAGCAACAACAAUAUGGUCACCAGGGGCAACCGCCGCCACAG